AUGGCUGUCACAGUAGUAGCCUCCUCCCGAGCCGUCAUCUCGGGCCGCCUAACACCAGCCACCAUCGUAAUCUCCCAAUCAACCGGCAAAAUCGUGCAGGUCCAUGAUAGCAUUAGACCCCAAUCGGAAUUUCCCGAUUGCGACUCUUACAAGGAUUAUUCUCCUUUAGUGUUGUUGCCGGGUCUUGUCGAUGCGCAUGUACAUCUGAAUGAACCCGGUAGGACGGAAUGGGAGGGUUUUUAUACCGGAACCCAGGCGGCGGCGUUUGGUGGUGUGACCACCGUUAUUGAUAUGCCGCUUAAUGCCAUUCCGCCUACGACGACGGCGGCUGGAUUCAAAGACAAGAUCCGUGCUGCCCAGGACAAGUGUUGGGUGGACGUGGGUUUUUACGGAGGUCUUAUUCCGGGAAAUGCAGAUGAACUCAAGCCUCUUGUUGAGAUGGGCGUGCGUGGAUUUAAGGGUUUCCUUAUCGAUAGUGGUGUGGAAGAAUUCCCGGCUGUGUCUGCACCGGAUAUUGAACUGGCUAUGAAAACGCUCGCAGACCAGCCAACGACAUUAAUGUUCCACGCUGAGAUGCUCCCACCCAUCACAGACUCAGUUGGUGACGACGUCCAAGUCUCGUUGCCACCACUUGCACCCUCAGGUCCUCUUCAAAGCUACUCGACAUUCUUGGCUUCUCGACCAGUAUCUUUUGAAACGUAUGCCGUUGCAGAAAUCAUCCAACUAGCAUCAACGGCACCAAAGCUGCCGCUGCACAUUGUGCACUUGUCAGCUAUAGAGGCAAUUCCUCUGCUACGAGAGGCACGCGCCAAUGGCGUCCAAAUCACCGCAGAGACUUGCUUCCAUUACUUGUCUCUAGCGGCUGAAGAGAUUGCCGAGGGCGAUACUCGACACAAAUGCUGCCCUCCUAUCCGCUCACGACUGAAUCAAGACGGGCUGUGGGCCGAGUUGGAGCGUUAUGCCGAAGACGGCGUUAUCAAGACUGUUGUCUCAGACCAUUCUCCAUGCACUCCAGACCUCAAACUCCUGCCUUCACAUAUCAUGCAGCAGCCGCCAUCAGACAGCCUCGGAUCAAGCGAUUCGUCCGCCGUCGCAACUCCACACAACUCGUCCUCAAACAGCAGCGUGAGCGACUACUUCGAAGAACCCAAAGAACAAGAAGUCGCCGACGGCAACUUCUUCUCCGCCUGGGGCGGUAUAUCUUCCGUAGGUCUGGGUCUUCCUAUCCUCUGGACCGAAAUCUCCCGCCGCAAGAAAAUCGCCGCCCCUGGUGGCACCAAAACAAUCGAGGAAGAUCUCCUAGACAUUGCCCGCUGGUGCAGCACAAACACAGCCGCUCAAGUCGGUCUGUCAUCGACAAAGGGUGACUUGGCUGUAGGCUUUGAUGCUGAUAUUUGCAUCUUUGAUGAUUCGGCGGAAUGGGUUGUUGAGCCGAGUACGAUGUUGUUUCGUAACAAGUGUUCCCCGUAUCAAGGCCGAGCGUUGAAGGGGAUGGUUCGGGAGACGUGGUUGCGAGGACAGAAGGUGUAUUCUCGUAGUGGAGGGUUUAAUCGGGUCCCUCAAGGGAAGCUCUUGUUGGAGAAGAGAUCUUUUUGA